GUCUUUUUCAUUAAGCCUCUACUGACAAGCACCGUCAACAUCUCCAAGACUGGACAAUACCAGUUUCUGGGCCCAGUACUCGGCGAGGGAUUGCUGACCAGCACAGGCAACAAGUGGCGAUCAAGAAGGAAGCUUCUCACUCCGGCAUUCCAUUUCCGCGUCCUCGACAGCUGCGUAGGUAUAUUCAACGAACAAGCCCGAGUAUUGCUGCAGAAGAUCAGAGACUCUUCGCAGUUAGACUUCGUCGACCUGUUUCCAAUGAUGACACACUGUACCCUGGACGUGCUCUGUGAAUCAUCAAUGGGCAUUCACCUGGGAGCGCAGGGGACCACUCAACAUAGCUACGUUAAAAAUCUGCACACUCUGCUGAACUGUGGCAUGGAGAGGCUGAGCAAGCCAUGGUUGUGGUGGAACACGGUGUACAACCUUUCCAGCCAGAAGAGAAAAUUUACGAAGGCUGCCAAGGAUCUCAACAACUUUGUCAAUGAGGUGAUCAGGAAGCGGAAAGAAAUACUAAGACAAAAGGAAAAUGGUGAUAGAAAAAAUCAAAACUCAAAAUAUUCGAACGCGUUUCUGGAUGUUCUUCUGAAACACCACAUGGAGGACUCUACCCUCUCAGAACAGGACAUCAUAGAAGAAGUGAACACGUUCCUCUUCGCGGGCCACGAAACGACGGCAGUGGGUUUGACGUAUCUGCUGUACAUUUUAGGACUCCACCAAGAUGUCCAGGAUAAAGUUGUGGACGAAAUCUACUCAAUAUUUCACGAAAACUUGGAACGUGAUGUGACUAGAGAAGACGCUUCACUCAUGAAGUACCUCGAGUGCGUUAUCAAGGAAUCUCAAAGAAUAUUCACGAUACUUCCAAUCUAUGGCCGGAAAGUACAAGAGGAUUUCAAUGUGGGAAAAUAUGUUGUACCUAAAGGGAGCACCUGUGUCAUUCUUGGCCAAAUGUUGCACAAGGACCCGACCUACUUUCCUGAUCCAGAAGUAUUUGAUCCAGAUAGGUUUCUUCCGGAGAACUCAAAGGGCAGGCAUACAUACGCCUUUAUUCCUUUCUCCGCCGGUCCAAGAAACUGUGUUGGUCAGAAGUUUGCCAUCACAGAAGAAAAAGUCAUAGUGGCCACAGUGCUCAGACACUUCCGCAUAAUGUCCCUUGACCACCGGGACAGACUGAUACUUUCUCCACAACCCAUUCUUCAUCCGCGAUCGGUGUUCGGAGGCAUCAGGGUGAAGUUUAUACCAAGGCGACCACUACGACUUCAAAACGCGUGAUAAGCUGACUGAAGUGAACACAGCAAUAAAACGUUUUCGUACUUGA